ACUUCCUUUCCGCGGCGCUAUAAAAGCUACUGCACGGAGCCUGCAUCUCUUCGCCCCUCCGAGCUGGAAAUGCAACUGUUGGGAGCUUCGGAGGCUGGGGAGCUGGGCGCGGAGGCGGCUGGGGAAGUCCGAGCGAUGUGACCAGGCCGCCGUCGCUCGUCUCUUCCUCUCGCCUGCCGCUUCCUGUCGUGAAAAUAACUUUUUUACUAUAAAGGAGAAAAAAAAGUAGCUGUCCGCCCCUCCCGCCCUCUCUUCCUCUCAGCCCUCUGACCUGCGAGGGAGCCCGGGGUGGCCGCUCUCCGUCGGGGCCGCGCCGCCGAGCCCCGGCCGCCCCGGGCCGCCCCCGCCCGCCGCCCCCAUGCAUCCCUUCUACACCCGGGCCGCCACCAUGAUAGGCGAGAUCGCCGCUGCCGUGUCCUUCAUCUCCAAGUUCCUCCGCACCAAGGGGCUCACGAGCGAGCGACAGCUGCAGACCUUCAGCCAGAGCCUGCAGGAGCUGCUGGCAGAACAUUAUAAGCAUCACUGGUUCCCAGAAAAGCCGUGCAAGGGAUCAGGUUACCGUUGUAUUCGCAUCAACCAUAAAAUGGAUCCUCUGAUUGGACAGGCAGCACAGCGGAUUGGACUGAGCAGUCAGGAGCUGUUCAGGCUUCUCCCAAGUGAACUCACACUCUGGGUUGACCCCUACGAAGUGUCCUACAGAAUCGGAGAGGAUGGCUCCAUCUGCGUGCUGUAUGAAGCCUCACCAGCAGGAGGUAGCACUCAAAACAGCACCAACGUGCAAAUGGUAGACAGCAGAAUCAGCUGUAAGGAGGAACUUCUCUUGGGCAGAACCAGCCCUUCCAAGAACUACAAUAUGAUGACUGUAUCAGGUUAAGAUAUAGUCUAUGGAUGGAUCAUCUUAUAAUGGAUGGAUAAAUUUGAUUUUUGCUUUGGGUGGGCUCCUCUUGGGGAUGGAUUAUGGAAUUUAAACCAUGUCACAGCUGUGAAGAUCUGGCACAAGAUAGAAUGGUAAAAAAAAAUUUUUUUUAAAGUGACAGUGCCAUAGUUUGGACAGUACCUUUCAAUGAUUUAAUAGCCUGUGAGUCCGAGUAAAUGAUCACUUUAUUUGCUAGGGAGUGAAGUCCUAGGGUGGUUUCAGUGUCUCCCAGAUGUUAUACCUAAAUUUUUUCCAUCAACCCCUUUAAGGCAAAUCUGUAUUUCAAAGAACCUUUCUCUGCAGUAGAUCUUGCAGAGGAAAUUUGCACUAUUACACUUGAAAAUUGUUAACUUUUUUGGCAGCUCAGUAGGAAAGCUCAACAUUUUAAACAUGGUAGUACUGGAAAUUUUGACAAGACUUUUACCUAGCACUUAAAUAUGUAUAAAUGUACAUAAGACAAAACCUAGUAAGCAUGACCUGGGGAAAUGGUCAGACCUUGUAUUGUGUUUUUGGCCUUGAGAGUAGCAAGUGACCAGAAUCUGCCAUGGCAACAGGCUUUAAAAAAGACCCUUAAAAAGACACUGUCUCAACUGUGGUGUUAGCACCAGCCAGCUCUCUGUACAUUUGCUAGCUUGUAGUUUUCUAAGACUGAGUAAACUUCUUAUUUUUAGAAAGUGGAGGUCUGGUUUGUAACUUUCCUUGUACUUAAUUGGGUAAAAGUCUUUUCCACAAACCACCAUCUAUUUUGUGAACUUUGUUAGUCAUCUUUUAUUUGGUAAAUUAUGAACUGGUGUAAAUUUGUACAGUUCAUGUAUAUUGAUUGUGGCAAAGUUGUACAGAUUUCUAUAUUUUGGAUGAGAAAUUUUUCUUCUCUCUAUAAUAAAUUGUUUCUUAUCUUGGCAUUUUAAUCAAUCUCUUGUCAUGAUUAUAGAGGUUCAGCUAUAAAAGAUACGUUUCUCAGAAGACAGGUUCUAUAAGCUAUGUGAAUGUCAGUUGCACACUGGUCAUGCUGAAAAACAUUUGCUAGGAGUGAAGAUGAUCUGUGUAUACAUAUUUAGGUGUUAGAGGAAACACAGGGUAACUUUUUUUUUUUUUUAAUCUCUAAAGUCAAAACAUGGACACAUUCCCAGGCUAAUCUCAUGAAUGAGGAUAAAAGACAAAGGUAACAUCUACCAAACAAAGUGAUACUCAGAAUUUGCAUGUCAUUGCUUCCCUGUUGAAGUGAAGAUCUAAAUGGUCCAUUCUGGCCCACCUUUGAGAAACAAUUACUUUGCCCCAUGGAAUUCUUGUUCAAUUAGAAAAUCCUGGGGUAGAUGACCCAUAGUCUUAACAGACUAAUCACUGCAGGGACUGGUUGCUUUUUGCUUUUCAUCAGCUGCAAGAUUUACAUAAAAAUCCCUUAAGCUGGAAUUCAACAAAAGGUAUGUUUAUGAAUUUUUAUUCUCAAAAGUUGAAAUGUAAGUUUUUGAUUCCUCAUUUUCAGAUUUCUGUUUCAGAUAAAUUCUAAGAACCUAUAUGAAACAUUGAGUACUGGAGUGUAGAUCACUACUGCAUAUGAUAAAAACUUGGUAAUUCUUUGGUUGUAGAGGAGAACAUGGUUCUUCAGUGGAAAUUGAAAGUGGGGAAUUUUCAGUUUUUCUCUACACGGUUAAGUGACUUAUAGAGUGGUUUUUUUGGGAGCUAUUUAUGUAAACAUGUACACUCUGGGAAUAUUUCACAAUUUAGGUUACUUGAAAUCAGUAGAGCCAAAUUUGGGGAUUUAUUAAUGACUGAUUUUGUAGACUACACAGAAAUACACAGCUGAAUACGCAGGUAUUUAGAAUACAGGCUAUGUGUGUGUACUUUACAGGCCAUUCUUGGGCAUUUGCAUUAUAACCACAGCACAUGGAACCCCCUUGCCAAUUAUUAUGGUUUUAUUUUUCAGUGUGUUCUUUGAGAAAGUCUCCCAGGUUUUCAAGAUUUGAAUGUGCAAUAAAACAACUGGUAGUAGAGUCUUUACCCCGGUCUCAUCCCAGUUCUGAUGACUGUUUGCCAACUGCAUCUCAUCUGGUAACUCCUUUGAAGCCA